AUCCUGUAUCAACACGUGCAAAAUGAUGUAAAUAUUUAUGAAUUAAUAGGUAUAUUGUUACUGUUAUGACAACAGCACAGGAAAUAUAUUGAUGUGAAUUAAUUAAGAGAUCAUUAUUGUAAUGUCAUGAGUACUUUAAGUGUAAAUUUGUCUAUACCUUUCCCAUCAGCAAGAGAAGCAGAAAUUGCUUAUCAAGUACUUAGAGUUGAUCAAGAGCCUUCAAGAGGUGGUAGUACCAAAGAUUUGACAUUAAAAAAUAAUAUUUUACAAGUAUUAAUAUCCGGAACUGAGGCUCGAAAGGUCAGAGUGGCAUUAACAUCAUUUUUUGAUAGUUUAAUUUUAGUAACAGAAACUAUGCAGCAGUUUGGACCACCUGAAUCAAGUUUUAAUUAUUAUUAAGUUUAACAUAUUGGCCAUCCAAAUAUUGGGCUGUAGCAAUUCCAGUUUGGGCCUUAACUGCUCUUGCUACAUUUGCAUUUAUUGUUUACCCAGCUAUCAAUUUAUCAAUGACUCCAGAUAUAGAUGAUAUUAGAACUAUUAC